AUGUUACACUACAACCGAAAGAUAGUCCAGGUCCGUAUAAUCAGGCAAGUGUACCAACGUACCCUUCGUAUGGCUAUACCGAGGGACAAGCGGGUGAAUGGGGAUUCAACUGGGAAUGAUGAAGGUGAUGAUGACGGGCAAUAUUGUGAUGCUUACAAUAAUGAGAUGAGCAUCAACUAUAAUACUUGCAAUGACGAUUUAUUCAAUGAGAUGGAUGAUAGGAAUGACGAUUCGGAUUUCAUUAUUGAAGAUGAUAUGCUUAGCUCAGAAGAAGGUGAAGAUGGCGACGACAAUGUUGUGUCCCCCUCAAACCUGAUGGGUGGUUUACAUGAGCAUAUUCUACGCAACAAAAAGAGUAUGUCAAUCCACAAUGUUCCUCAGCUUGAUCUUUCUGGAGGUGUUUCUAUUGAAGAGGACAAUUUGAAUGAAACUUCUACUCGUUCGAGUAGUGGUAGGAGGAUUGCCGAAGCCAUUUUUCAUAAUGUUGAUGUUCAUCCCUCGUUUCAAGAGCCAUCAAUGAUAGACUGUGAAUUAGCCAAAGGUGUUGUCAUUCAAAGUAAAGGUUGUCAUCUGAAGCAUAAAGUGGAGUACCGAACACCAAGAUCUUCAAACUUUCGGUUAAAGGUUGUGUGCAAGCACAAAAAUUGCCCAUUCUUGCUUUCUGCGAAUGCACUAACUAGAAGUAGUUGGAAAAUUUCAAAAUUUAUCCAUCCACAUACAUGCUUGGUUAACCUGAGUCAUUCAGCCCCUCGACAAUUGCCUGCGAAGAUCAUUGGAGCAUUAUUCGCGCCAAAGUUGUUGACAGAGGGCCGAGUAUUGAAGCCUGCAGAAAUUAUGGGUGACGUGGAGCGUGAUCAUGGCAUUAAGCUCAAAUACAAUACAGGUCUGAGGUCUCAAAACGCCGCCUACGACUUCAUUUAUGGAGAUCACAGGAAAUCCUAG